CCUGCGGCCCCGCAGCCCCGCCGGACAGCGAGAUCCCUGCCCACACCUGCACCGUCUACCGGCCCUGGUUCUCGCCCUACAGCUACUUCAUGUCCACCAAAGGGGCCGCCCAGCAGCGCCUGGGCAGCCUCUCCUCCAGCCUGACUGCCAGAGCCCAGGAGCCCGAGGAGCCCGAUGACUUCUCGGAGAUCGUCUGCUCCUCCUCUGGCUCCUCAGACAAGCCCUGGCCCCCUGAGAGAGACAGGCAGGACAGCGGCAGAGCCAGCAUCACGGUCCGGGACAUCCUCACCGCUUCCCAGUGGCAGCCGGAGCCCCAGAGUGGCUACCAGUGCAUGUCAUGCUGCCGCGUCUUCCCCACGCUGUGGUCGGUCAAGACCCACAUCCAGCACAGCUCCCAGGAGGGCUACAGCUGCAAGGUGUACUACCGCAGGCUCAAGGCCCUGUGGGAGAAGGAGCACAAGGAGCAGGAGGCUGCAGCCCCCAGGGUGCCGGGGUAG